CCAGCCUUUCCUAUGGUGUUUUGGUGCGCCUCUCUUUACUCAGUAUAAGAAUAGGGAUUAGCGCUUAGCGUGGGAUCUCUCUCUCUCCUACUUUCUCAGCCCUAUCUCGGUCUAAGCUUCUCUCUCUCCUGCUUUCUCAGCCCUUUCUCUCUCUAAGCUUCUCUCUCCUGCUUUCUCAGCCCUUUCUCUCUCUAAAGGGCGCACAGAUCCACCGCCAUGGAAGAGGUCCGAGAGCAGCCCAACUCUGGACCAGGAAACCUUGUGGAUGGCGAACCUGAUGACUGGAGUAAGGAAGUAGACGCCUUGGAAGAGGACCACCAACCGUCUUCUGCAGAUCCAUCCAUGGAUACGCCACCUCCUCCUCAAGAUAACAACGUUGAUAUUCAGUCAAGCUUACAGACAUUAACAUUGCAGGAUUCUGAACCGAAAGUGCAAGAUAUGGAGAUGUCUGCUGCGGGAGGGCAGGAAGUGAUGCAGGACCCAGAACUGACCAAGAAACGACACCUGAAUGUUGUUUUCAUCGGCCAUGUUGAUGCUGGUAAGUCAACAACGGGAGGGCAAAUACUUUUCCUCAGUGGCAUGGUUGAUGAUAGAACAAUCCAGAAAUAUGAGAAAGAGGCGAAAGACAAGAGUCGAGAAAGUUGGUACAUGGCAUACAUCAUGGACACAAAUGAAGAAGAGCGUAUAAAGGGAAAGACAGUGGAGGUUGGACGAGCACAUUUUGAAACAGAGACUACACGAUUUACAAUUUUGGAUGCUCCGGGACACAAAAGUUAUGUUCCAAAUAUGAUAAGUGGUGCAUCCCAAGCAGAUAUUGGAGUUCUGGUCAUAUCGGCCCGCAAAGGUGAGUUUGAAACUGGAUAUGAAAGAGGAGGGCAAACACGGGAGCAUGUUCAACUCGCUAAGACAUUGGGGGUUUCUAAAUUGCUAGUUGUUGUUAAUAAGAUGGAUGAUCCAACAGUGAAUUGGUCCAAGGAAAGGUAUAGUGAAAUAGAGUCAAAGAUGACACCAUUUCUAAAAUCUUCGGGCUACAACGUGAAGAAAGAUUGUCAGUUUCUUCCAUUAUCUGGUCUAUUGGGUUCUAACAUGAAAACUAGGAUAUCAAGUGAUGUAUGUAACUGGUGGAAAGGUCCGUGUUUGUUUGAGGCCUUGGAUUCCAUUGAGGUUCCUCUACGGGAUCCUAAAGGUCCUCUCAGGAUACCGAUAAUUGACAAAUUUAAAGACAUGGGAACAGUAAUUAUGGGCAAAAUUGAGUCUGGCAGCAUCUGUGAGGGUGAUAACUUAUUGAUUAUGCCCAAUAAGGCUCAAGUCAAAGUGCUUGCUAUUUUUUGUGAUGAAAAUAGAGUAAGAAGUGCAGGGCCUGGUGAAAAUGUCCGUGUUAGAUUAUCAGGCAUUGAGGAAGAGGAUAUAUUGGCGGGGUUUGUCCUUUCAAGUGUUGCGAAGCCAAUAUCUGCAGUUUUUGAAUUCGAUGCCCAGUUACAAAUCUUGGAGUUGCUUGACAAUGCUAUUUUCACUGCGGGUUACAAGGCAAUAUUACACAUUCAUUCAGUGGUUGAAGAGUGUGAGAUUGUUGAGCUGUUGCAACAAAUCGAUCCAAAAACAAGAAAGCCGAUGAAAAAGAAAGUACUAUUUGUGAAAAAUGGAGCAAUCAUAGUUUGCCGUAUUCAGGUGAAUAACAUGAUUUGUGUUGAGAAGUUCUCUGAUUUUCCCCAGCUUGGGAGGUUUACCCUUCGUUCUGAAGGGAAAACUAUUGCGGUUGGCAAAGUUAUUGAUCUUCCUAGUUCAGGAAGUUCAACUUCUUCUGCAGUUGUCUAGGCCUAAAAGGUGGAGUUGGAUGGCUUGAUAAAGAUUACAGAGCUCUUCUUCGCCUCGAGGUUUUGAGAGUUGAUGUGAAGUUAGGAGGUUCUCUCGUGACGAGUGUUUAGAGUUUUUUCACCUUAUGCAUGUUGUCACAUUCGACAACAUUUAUGAACGUUACUGUAACGAUCAUAUGAUUUUGAUUUGUGGCCGUUUAUACAAUGUCUGAAUCUUAUUUGUGUCAGAUUUUUCAUUUUUUGAUUAAUAGAAUACCUAAUUUAUGCUAUGAACAUCAGAAAAGAAAAGAAAAAGGUUUAAGAA